UGCUGGGCGAGCAGACGACGAGUUGCUCCUACGCCAUGCGAGACCUCAUCUUCACCGACCCUUGCACACCGACCUUCGACCCCUACCCUGAGUACCUGAGCUGGCAGGAUUCAGUGCCGCCACAUGCGACUUUCGCGCCACUUGAUCACGUCCAACCACACCUGCCACCACCAGUUACGGCAGAUGCAGCAAAACUUGAAAAAACACCUCUGAAAUCAAAAUCUGAAUCAACAAGCAAACCUAGGAUCAAACGAAAACCCAGAGUACUUUUUUCACAGGUGCAAGUACAGGAGUUAGAGCGACGGUUUCACCAGCAGAGAUAUUUAAGUGCGCCAGAACGUGACCAAAUCGCGGCUCAACUCGAGCUGACCUCCACCCAGGUCAAAAUCUGGUUCCAAAAUCGGCGGUACAAGUCCAAGCGCUUCCCUCCUGACGCGAGUUCCGCCCCCAACGCUGCCCCCAGCCGAUGCGUCUACGCCAAAGAGCCGCCUCCUGCCAGUGUCAACAAUAAUAACAACAACAAUGUCAUUUCGGCCACAGUGCACCACCAGCCGUUCGAGCCACCCCCAUACUUCUGUCCGCCUGCGUAUGCCGCCCCCAGUCAUCACCAGCUCAUGACCGACUUUGAACAACCCACCUACGCCACCCUCCACAGCGUUCAGCAACCCAGCAGAUGCUGGUGAAUUUGCCAAAAGUAUUUUUACUUAAAGAGAAACUCAUCUGAUGAAAUCGAAUCAAAAGUUUGAUUGUUGCAAAUUUCUGUUCUGCGGAGUCAAAAAAUAUUAUUAUUGUUGGCUUCAAUGGGGGUUUUGUAUUCACAUCUUGCAAUUUUGAACAAAACUGAUAGCGCCAUUUUUAUAGCAGUGGAUCGAAAGGAAGUCAACGCUAAAAUAAAACCGCAGAAAAUUUUUGAGCAGAUAUUGCUUGUGUAGCUCAAAAUUGACCCUCAUAAAAUGCAACCCAGCAUGAGCACGCCAACUUCAAAUACUUUUAUGAAAAACAAAUUGUUCAAAAAAUACUUUAAGUUGUAAAUUAUAUAUUUUAGUUUAAAUUAUGUUGAAAUUAACAAUUAUAGCACGUGGAGAUUCUUUAACAGUGAAAUAAUUUGUACUUGAG